CGGUGGCUGUGGAGGCUCCUCCCCGCCUGAGGAAAAAGCCGCCCUUCUCCUCCUCCUCCUCCUCUUCUGAGGCGGAGGAAGCAUUGUGACGCUCCCGGCGCUGGAAGACCUGGAGCCCCCCGCGAAGGCCGCGAAGCCUGAGGGUUUGAGGAAAAUAAGAAAACAUGGAUGGCCACAAAUAUGGUUAUUCAAGGGAAUUUUAUGAUCGGUAUGCCCAAGGCCCAGAAAAGUCUGUGGUCAAUAAAGUACAGCAGAAAUACUGGAAAACAAAACAAACUCUUAUCAAAGUCACGGGAAAGAAAGAGGAUGAACACGUAGUGGCUUCAGAUGCUGAUUUGGAUGCAAAGUUGGAGCUGUUCCAUUCAAUUCAGAGGACGUGUAUGGAUUUACUUAAAGCAGUUGAACUAUAUCAAAAAAGGAUUUUUUUUAUGUCUCAUGAAGAAAAUGAAUUAGGAAAAUUUCUCCGAUUCCAAGGUUCUCAGGAUAAAACCAGGGCAGGCAAGAUGAUGCAAGCCACAGGAAAAGCCUUUUGCUUUUCUUCUCAGCAAAGGUUGACACUACGCAGUCCUUUAUGCAGACUACAUCAAGAGGUGGAGACAUUCAGAUACAAAGCCAUCUCUGAUACAUGGUUGACAGUUAACCGAAUGGAACAGUGUCGGACUGAAUAUAGAGGAGCUUUGUUGUGGAUGAAAGAUGUGUCUCAAGAGCUAGAUCCUGACAUUUACAAGCAGAUGGAGAAAUUUAGGAAGGUCCAAGCACAAGUCCGUCUCACAAAACUGAACUUUGACAAACUGAAAACUGAUGUCUGUCAAAAAGUGGAUCUCCUUGGAGCAAGCAGAUGUAAUCUCCUGUCUCAUGUGCUGGCAACAUACCAGACAAUGCUUCUUAAUUUUUGGAAAAGAACAUCUCAUACCAUGGCAGCUAUCCAUGAAAGUUUCAGAGGCUAUCAGCCAUAUGAAUUCAAAACAUUGAAGAGCCUACAAGAACCUGCAUGUAAAUUAAUGGAAAGUGAGGAAAAGGAAGGAGAACUGCAACUAGAGAACACCAAAUCAGAAGAUGAUCGACAGAGUCAGUUGAUUUUGUAUGAUGAUGAAAGCCAGAGCAAGGAAUCAGACAACACAGGGAGGACGACUCUCUUUUGGCCUUCGACUCCCUGGCUGCAGGAACCACCUCCCUCACCCUUGCGAUGCAGGCGGUGUUGCAACCGCAAACACCACCAGCUUCAACAGCAACGACAAAUUUACCACCAGGCCAGGGCCAGGAAUGAUGGAGGCGUUGAUGGAGGCGACAAACAUUCUAUGUUCUUCCAAAGAGUUGCAGAAGAGGGGGAAGAGCACCCACCAUCUAAGUGCUAUAGGAAGUUGAAGUGGCAUGAUGCUCCCACAAUGGGGACUUCUGGCUGCAGCUCUGCCCCACUUUCCUUCCCCCUUCAGAGAUACACUGCGCUCUGCCUCUACCGUCGGCAUUGCUGCCUCAAGUACUGCAGAGGGCGAACAUAUGCGCACCCUCGCGAGAUCACUUGCCCCCUCAGGGUGCCAGCCAUCCAAGCAUUUCCUGCAAGCAUGCAGGCAACCCUGAUAAGGGAGACACUGCUGGAUUCAGCAGAAGAUACUGAGGAUAUUCUGAGCACAUUAGGGGAGAACUUCAGCCAUACAGAGAAUCCAGGCACUUUAGAUGACUUGUUAGGCUUGAAACCUGAAGAAAGUGCAUCAAAGGACCUGCUUACAGGCUCUCCAGAAAUGGAGGCAACUGAUAAGGACGAUAUGGUACUUUUGAAUGAGAUUCUCAAUGCAACUUCUUUGGAUGAUAGUGAAUUCAGCAGGGAAUGGACAGCUGUCUUUGGAGACGAUCUCCCUGCUGAUAUGGCCACAAACUCUUCUGUUGGAGAAAUGGAAAGCAAUCAGUCAUCCUCAUCCUCGGGCUUCCUUCCUUCUCAGCUUUUAGACCAAAAUAUGAAUGAUUUGCAGUCCUCACUUCAAGGUUGGGCAGCCAGCAGCAUCAGCCCUUUGCCUGCACCACAGACACUACCGAAAUUCGGCAGCCUGAACAUGAGCAUCAACAAGACGCCCAUGAAAGGUGCUGCAGGUUCAUCUAAAGAUCUCACUGCUUGGUAUAGCCUCUUUGCCGACCUGGACCCUUUGUCCAAUCCAGAUGCCGUUGGGAAAACUGAUAAAGAGCAUGAAUUGCUCAAUGCAUGAGAUGUCUGCCCAGGGUAACUUCCACUUUGCCACUCGUAGACAGUGUGCUUUGGGGUUUUAGAAACUUGUAAAAGAAGAUCCGUGUGCUCUUGUUCAAUUUCUCACGUCUGUGCCAUUCUAAUAAAAAUGAGGAAUUGUCCUUCCUCUUCUUUCUUCAGAUGAAAGUCACUAGGUCUUGAUUUGUAUAAAGGAUAUGCUCCUUCUCCUCUCUCUGUUUCUGUAUGUAUGUACUGAAUGAGACUUUGGUUUAGAGGAAAUUGCUACCUAGAUUAAUGUACUCACUGUAACUUGGCUCUUGGCAGAGAGGUAUCAAAGCUAAUACAAGAAUGAAAUAUAAAUGAUAAAGUUAUUUUUUAUAUUUUUUUUCUUUGUGUAAAUCAAAUAAAAUCAUGUACUUGGAGGCUGCAUGAAUCACUUGUACAGACAGACAUAUUUAAUAUCCUGCUGCAAUACUAAACAAUUAAAUUUCUAUCAUUAGUACCCAUAGUGAAAGAAUCUAUACUCUGGGGCUAAUAUUUAUAGAGUUAUAUUUGAAUAUCUAUGGUUCUAAUGUGUGUUCAUUCUCUAAUUUUAAAUUAUUAGGCAAACAGCAGACCAUCAGUCCACACAGAGUCCCCAGACUUCGUCAUUUCUAGUCUGUUCUGUUGUGCCAGCAGUUUCUGCUGUUAAGAUACUGAGCUGUAUUGAUUUUGCCAACAUGUGCAUUUAUAAUAUUCAUACAGAGCACUUUGCGUCAUUGCCAGUUUCAUACUCGCAUUUUCUUGGAUCUGUUGUGACACUCUUCUUUAAUAAAGAUGGUUUUGACAAAAGA